UCCUGCGGAGUGGCGAAAAAAAAAAAAAAAAUCGUGGUGGUCGUGAUCCACACUGCUCUUGUGGGAAUGAGUAGUAAAAUGUGAGAAAGCCAGGAUCGGAAAUGUUCGUCAGGGGUGGAUGAGAGAAGAAGAAAAGGGGAGGCACCUGUGAGACGGAGCAGGUCAGCCUACCGCGGUGUCAAGUUUGCGUUAAUCACGGCGCGGUACAGUUUCAGACAUAUUUGUCAAGCGGAGGAGUCUUCAUCGGAUCCGCUCCAGCCGCUGCUCCGAGCCACAUUAUGACUACGUGUUGUUGUCACGGACUUAACUUGUGAGGUGAGCUGUGACCGUUCCCUUCUUUGUCUCCCUGUGCACCUGCAUGUACCGUGGGCAGCCCGGCCUGUCGGAGAGGCGUUGUGCUCAGAGAUUGUGCUGCACUAGGAGAACCCAUGGCUUCUGGCCCUCCAUCUCCCUCUGAAGGGCGCAAGCUGAGGCUGCUGGAGUUGUUACUCGGGCCUCUGUUGAUCUUGUUGGUUUCUGGGCUGGAACCAGCGCUCGGUCAGAAGGUCUACACCAACACAUGGGCUGUCCACAUACCUGGAGGUCAGGAGGAAGCUGAUCGAAUUGCCAGUAAACAUGGGUUCAUCAACUACGGACAUGUAUUUGGUGACUAUUAUCACUUCCGGCAUCGUACAUUGGUGAAGAGAUCGCUGUCAGAUCACAGGGGGACACAAGUCCGUCUACAAAGAGAUCCCAAGGUGACUUGGGCAGAACAACAGGUGUCGAAACGGAGGAAAAAGAGGGAGGCUUUCAUAGAACCUUUAGAUCCCAAGUUCAGAGACCAGUGGUACCUGUACAACAACAACCACCGUGACUUGAAUGCCAAAGCUGCGUGGCAGUUGGGUUACACAGGUAAAGGGGUGGUGGUGUCCAUCCUGGAUGAUGGAAUAGAGAAAAAUCAUCCUGACCUGAUGCAGAACUACGACCCGGAUGCCAGCUAUGAUGUGAAUGAUGGUGAUCCAGAUCCUCAGCCCCGAUACACCCAGCUCAAUGAUAACAGGCAUGGAACCCGAUGUGCAGGAGAGGUUGCAGCAGUAGCCAACAAUGGGAUCUGUGGAGUCGGUGUGGCCUACAAUGCCAAGAUUGGAGGUGUGCGUAUGCUGGACGGUGAGGUGACUGACAUGGUGGAGGCCCAGUCUCUCAGUCUGAAUCCCCAACACAUUGACAUCUACAGCGCCAGCUGGGGCCCAGAGGACGACGGCAAGACUGUUGAUGGACCUGCCAAACUCGCCAAAGAAGCUUUUCUGCGUGGAGUUACAGAGGGUCGUGGUGGUUUGGGCUCCAUCUUUGUGUGGGCUUCUGGAAACGGAGGGAGGGAGAAGGACAGCUGUAACUGCGACGGCUACACCAACAGCAUCUACACCCUGUCCAUCAGCAGCUCCACCCAGAACGGCAAUGUCCCCUGGUACAGUGAGGCUUGCUCCUCCACCCUCGCCACCACCUACAGUUCGGGGAACCUCAACGAGAAACAGAUAGUGACUACAGACCUCAAAUCAAAAUGUACAGACUCCCACACGGGAACCUCUGCCUCCGCCCCGCUGGCUGCUGGGAUCAUCGCUCUCGCCCUUGAGGCCAAUAAAAACUUGACCUGGAGGGAUAUGCAACAUCUGGUUGUGCGAACUUCUCACCCUGCCCACCUGCUUACCAAUGACUGGAGAACCAAUGGGGUUGGACGCAAAGUUAGCCAUUCAUAUGGAUAUGGUCUACUUGAUGCCAGUGGAAUUGUAGCACUGGCAAAGUCGUGGACAAGCGUGGGGCCACAGAAGAAAUGUGUGAUCGCCAUGGUUUGUGAGCCAAGGAAUAUUGGCAGCCAUUUAUCGAUUAACAUGAGUGUGGACGCCUGCAUCGGGACAGACAGUCACGUGACUUCAUUAGAGCACGUUCAGGCCCGGCUCACCCUGUCGUACAACCGGAGGGGAAACCUGGCUAUCCAUCUCAUUAGUCCUGCCGGCACACGCUCCACACUGCUCCACCCCAGGCCUCAUGACUACUCAUCAGAGGGUUUUAAUGACUGGGCUUUUAUGACCACCCACUCCUGGGAUGAGAACCCCACGGGGGCGUGGACGCUGGAGAUUGAGAACGUGGCUGGUGCCAGUGACUAUGGCACUCUGACCCAGUUCAUCCUGGUGCUGUAUGGCACUGGCUCAAUAUCUCCCAGCUCCUCUGACAAGCCUCAGGCUGGCGACGGCAGCUGUAAGACCCUGGACCUGAGGCAGAUAUGCAUCGAGUGCAACGCCGGCUACUACCUCUUUCAGCAGGGCUGUGUGAAAGAAUGUCCAGCAGGCUUCUCAGUGGGCUCCCAGCCGCUCAACUACACAGUGGGAAACUUUAUAUUGCCAGCUUCCGUCCCAGCCUGCCUGCCCUGCCCACCGCCCUGUCUGACCUGCAGCAGCCUCAGCCCUCAGGCCUGUCUGUCCUGCCAGCCUCACAGCUCACUGGACCCCAUCUCUGGCACCUGCCUGCACCUCAACCAGUACAUGCGUGAGUCCCCUGGCAGCUUCAUGGUGGGCCAGGGGAACCCGGGAUUGCAGCUCCAGCUCAGCUCCCAGCUGCCCAUCACCAUUGCCGUGCUGAGCUGCAUGGCCAUCAUCGCCACCUUCGCUGGGGUCUUCCUGCUGCUGCAGCUGCGCUCUGGCGCACUCAUCAAGCUGCCCUCUCUGGAGGCUGGCGGCGGUCUCGGGGGCACCUUCAGCCUCGGGGGAAAUAGGGUGGUGUCGUACCGCGGCAUCCCGACGGUGUGGGGGGAUGACGGUGUAAAUACAGACUCCGAAAACGAAGAGUUUGACGUCCAAAAUGAGAGGACUGCCUUUAUCAAAACACAAAGUGCUCUUUAAUGCCUCCCCCACAUCCCUCCUUCUCUCCUGCUUUUAAAAUCCUUGCAGCCCCGUUUGUCUGAUAAUUCAGGGCUGUGGUUACUGUCCUUUCACAGUCUUUUCUGGUUUUAUCGCUCAUCCCUUUUUCUCUUUUUCUGUCUUACCGGGAUUUCAUCUGAGUCCUGCUGCAGGAUCUUGUCUUCCACUCUGCUGUGGGAGACCUGAUGGGAAGCUGCUGUCUCUCAGAGCUCGGGAUGGCCCAAGCUUUGCUUUGUUCACACUUCGACGCAUUUCUAUUAAACUGACUCUCUCCCUCCUCUUGCCCUCGAUCACUAACAGUGUCUGUCUGUGCAGAGUCCAUUUUCCCCUCCAGCUCCAGCUGCUUUUUGUUACAGUAAACAAAUGAUUAUUAUUUGCUUUCUUCCUAUUUUUUCAGUCUCAGUGCAGUAGCCAGACGAGAUUGCUGAAUGUGAGGAGUAGAGAUGUGUGUGCGUGUGUGUGUGUGUGUGUGUGUGUAUUGUGCGCACGUCUGGAUGAAUGUGUGUGAAUGAGAGCGUGUAAACCUAAUGAAUAGUGUAGUGCCCUUUAUAGAGAAGCUAAAGCUGGUCCUGUCACAUUUAGUACUUUGACAAAAUAAGUGGUAACAAAAAAAUUGUAUUAUGAGGCAUGAAAUCUGCUUUGGAUACACUGACUCUCCAAAGUGUUGUUGAGUGACAUCAAUAUCCAAAAUCUGCUCAGAAAAGCCACUUAUCUGUAGUGAUUCACAUUUUCAAGUACAUUUUAAAAAUCAAAAGCAUAAUGGCUGACAAGGAAAUGUCCAGACUUCAAUGGUUUAUAAUUGUGUGUCACCAGCCAGAGAAACAAAGCAGACUCUCUGAGAGCUUUCCGGACACGUCCUCCCCAUUGUCCUUCUUUCCAUGAUGAGACAGUAAUUGUAUUUACUUGAAACUGAAUCCAUCUUUCAUAGAGUCACUCUUUUUAUCUGUUCGGUUAUUGUUCUAAGUGUGAUGGGGGCUUUAGUUCUCCUAUUGUACACACAAUCUGGAAAGAUCUCAGCUCUGGCAGAACAAACUGUGAGUCACACAACUAGCAGAGCUUCCUCCAGACAUUUGGGAUUCACGAUGGACUGAACUUAUUCUAGUUUGGAAACUAUAAAUUCUCCCAACCUUAUGACCUCCCAGCUAUCACAUGGAAGGGUAUCAAAAAAAAUAAGAUAGAUUAAGAGGAAAAAAACAAAAAACCCACACAUACACACACAGACACUCACAGAGAGGCUACUCGUUCAACCCUGAGGCACAAUCCCUUCCGGGGAUAUUUAAUUUCUAUGUCUGAUGUGCUCACAUCCCAGGGCUGAGACAGAGACAGUCGAGGUGCUGAUGGGACCCAGAACAAUAUGUGACUGUUGAGCACAAGAGCCUCUCCAAGCAGCUGACAGGUGUUGAGUUACCUGUGAUUGAUUUCUUGACAGUGCAGAAACGGUAACAAUACAUCAAGGCUUUCCCUUUUGUCAGAGCACAUUAGCACUACAAACACACAUUAUACACACAGCUCAUAUCAUAAUAGCUGAGAGUUUGUUUGUUUGUUUGUGUGUGUGUGUGUGUGCGUGUAUUCGUUUGUGGCAUACAAGGUUGAUAAAUGUUAAUCUGCCCUCUGAAGUGCAGGUUUCCUCUUCCUCCCUCAUCUCACAGUCUCUGCUCUCUUUCCCAAAUCUUGAGUAUAGUUUAGAAAUCCUGCGUUGACUCCACAUCUCAUCAGCGUCUCUGCACUUACCCUCCAGUCUUCAUCUAAUCUGAAUUUCAGAUUAACUCUUCAGCGAACUUGCCAAUUAAUUAUAUUCUGAAUGAUACUGCAGCAAACUAUUUAUUCUGAGAGAUUUUAAUCAUACCUUUAGGGAAGAUUGUUUUAAAGUGAUUUUUUUUCUCCCUGGGCUGGUUAUCAUCGAAAAUAUGCACCUCAUGAUUUAAUCCAGUGUAGCCAUUUUUCUACUAUGUUGAAAUUAUUAUUUUUCUUUUUUCUUUUUUUUUUUUUUCAUUUCCAGUACAAAAACAGUGGAGCUUGCUGAGAGAGGUUGUCAUGGUGAUGACAUGCAUACAAAACUGCAGCUGCUCAUGCUUUUAUCUACCUCUCAUAUCAUUCAGCAAGGUUUCAUACGCUGUUAGAGGAGCUGUUAAAUGAUUAUAGAGGUCAAAUUGUAUGUAGGUCAAACAUGAAAACGCUUCUUUGGAAAGGUUUAGGAGGAUAGGCGUGAAAGUCAAAUUUAUGUUUUAGAACAGAAACAGGCAAAUGCAAUUCAGAAACUGUAAAGCUGCUGUGUAAAUUCGAGUCCCCUGAAACUCCUCUCGCUCCUAAAAUUUAUUGCCUUUAUGAUCAGCAUUCAUGGGCAGUCACACAUGGGCUUUAAAACCUGUUAUUGAAAAUAGAAGGAUUGUCCGUAGAUCUUGUUAGCCAGCGAGUUAAAUGCUAAAUCAGCCUAAAAUAGUUUGAGGCAUAUGUUUUCCCCUCCUCUCACACACAAUUUCUACCCAGACGGCUCCACCCGGUGUUAAGACCUUUUUCUUUCUUUCACUGACAAUCAAAUAAUCUCCUUGUUCUGUGGGUGGGAAGGUGCACAAGCAACAAAACAAAUCGAUUUUGAAUUUGACCACUUUUGUUGCGUGAAGCUUUCUGAGAAGGUGUUAUUCAUAAAUACUGUAUGCAGAGUUGAAUGUGAUUUAAAUUGCAAAAGCGUGUUUAGAGAGAAAGGAAAAAACAUUUUAAAAACAGCAGAGAAUAACGUAUUUCGAACUCCAAUACCUGCCAAAAAUCCUGCACAAAAACACGGAGAAAGAUGCUCUCAAACACAGCACUGCGCCAGGAAGCUUAAUUCAACUCAGAUGGCUGCUGCAGGUGCAGCACAUUUUGGCUAAACUGGGUUGGAAACCAACCCGAGAAUGUGGAUUUAGAGGAAGGGCCCCUCAAAAGGAACAAAGCUAAUGUGGCUACAGAAUAUUGAGUAUGCUGCGUUGCUUUGUGUGAUGUACAUUAGUGCCUACUGCCAUUUAGGCUUUGAUUAGCCCCCAUUCAAGGAGGGUGCUAAUUUAAAAAACGUAAUAACUGCAGCCUCAGACUUGAGCCACAAAAUCUUAUCGACUUCCCAGCUUGGUGUGAAGUGUGUAAACAACAGAUAUGGGGCUGAAUUUGGCACCAAAAUUGCUUCCAUAAAAUAUUAUAACUCUCCAGGCUCAGAGUUUGCUUCUUUUUUUUGUAGAAGAAGAAGAACUAUAUUAAAUUGUGGGACUUUGAUCAAUUUCUUGCAACUAGUGUGGAUAAUUGAUGCUCAGCCUAGUCAACAUUGUAUAUUCUUGUAAUCUUCCCUUACAAAGGAUUUAUAAAUUUCUCCUACAAACAUGUUGGGAUGUUCAGACAGAAGUUUCUGUGGUCCCUCAAGUGCACACACAAAAUUAUGUAUUCAUCUUAGCUUGAUGUUGUGUUCACUACAGCUUCAUAGAGUCAGAAAACUUUAAAUUGAUGAACGCUGAGCUGUGUGCAUUCAAGUGUCCAACUUUUAAGGAAAUCACAAAUGCAGCCAGCAUUAAGUAGCUAGUGCUUCCAAAGCACAGAGAACUGCAUAAAACCAUUAGGAGCCAGCUUCCUCCUGUCACUGCUAGACGGAUGGAAACUACACACUAAAAAAGAAGAGGUUCUCUAAUUGUGCUAGAACGCAGCUCCUUAUUAUUAGGCAACCACUUCACGGGCUCUAAUGUGUGAAGCCUUUUAAUGUUGAAAGUAACAGGAAUGUUACAGAAAAUCUGCUCGUUGCAAAUUGUCUCCUCUGAUUAUAUAAAAAAGACUCGCUUGUGGGCACGAUGGAGGCUUUGUCUUUUGUACCACUGAUUUGUGUCAUGUGGAGCUUGAUGUUGCUUCAGUCCUGCCUCAGGAUGUAGUCUGCAGUGAUUAAUAUGAAGUCAGAUGGAGUUAAUAGGAGCAAUAUCUUUGGCGUAACCAAAGACAAUCAUUUCAGUGCUGUCUGUUUAGCGUUUAGACGUGUUGCUUUCAGGUUGUCACAGUCCAUCGACCCCUUCACUUGUGUUCAAAGUGUUUUGUUGAUAUCAUUGUGUCAUCUCUGCCCGUUUGAAGAUCUGCGGCGACACCCUGUAUGUUCAGCAGCUGUGGAGGGAGGAGGUAGAAUGUAUCACAUCUCCAUUAACUUAAGGGCUGAAUCAGAUCUGCGUGCGUCCGUGUGUGCACAUGCUUGCUUAAGUAUAAAUAAAACACUUUGUGAUGGGGGGGAGGGCAGUUAGUGGAGCAGCCUCAAACGACUCUGUUGACAUCCUCCCGCCUCUUCAUGAGGUUCCUGGCCUGUGGCUGCACACAGUACCUUACAGAUUUGUGAUCUAUGAAUAAUGUACAAGAAUGACUAUCUUACAUGGGACAUAACUCUAAAAUAAGGCCUAUUUUUGUACUAUAUGAAUGGUGCAGUGUAAUUUUCUUGUAAUUUAAAGAUUUUUUUUGCUCUUGUUUUUCUCCUUUUUAUUUAAUUGAUGUCAAUUAUAGAUUCUACUAAAAUAAAGAUCUAUGCAAAUUUGAA